AUAACGACUCUAGAAGGUUGAUGAAUCGAAAGCCCUCACAUCUGAAGAUUUCAGUUGUUUGAAGCUCAAAUUAUCAGCUAGUACUGCGCGGAGUAGAUGUCUUUAACUGGUUUGAUUAUGUUUACUCUAGAGUUUUGAUUUUCUUUUCUGGAUAAGCAUCUGCAGAUGACUCUGCCUGAAAAGGCCGGCUGAAGACAGGUACAACCAUUAAGACAGUUGUGAGGAUGCAUUAUGAGGAUCUCAUGCAAUUAGUUGGUGAAAAAUGUCUAUCUCCCUAUGUUUGAUCAUCCCGCUGCUCUUCUCCGCCCGCUUGCUCAAACCAAAACCUUAGAUAGCUGGGAUAAUAAGUACACUGUUAAUGGCGGUGUACAGGUCAAAUUGGAGCUAUUCAACUGUGUAUCAGUCGGGCAUUGCAAAACUGGGAUCCACAUAUGCGGACAGCACUUCCAGCCGUUUCUUCUCCCAACAUCAUAAACCAAAAGCUCUCCACUCAAAGAUAAAAUAGAUUUUGCCUCAUCCAAGAUCUCAAGGAAUAUAAUGGGCGUAAAAGUUUCAUCGAAGAUCAAAAGGCUUCUUGCAUCCACAGCUUCAGGAAAUUCAAGUCCCAAAGAUGGUGAUGACGUGGACGUCAGAGAAGAAUAUGCAAACGCCUUCCGCACAGAAUCAUACAAUCAGUUUUGGACACGUGUCAUUAGUUUAAACCGCAAAAAGCCCACCUUGUCUUCUUCUUCUUCACCGAUCGAAUCAUCCUCCACGUCAGCUCGUCUCAUGUCAUACCGCCUCUUCGCACAUAACCUGCUAGAACCGGGUCCGAACACCGUCAACAGAAUCCUGGAUUUAUCCCGGGUCAGACGACCCGCUCGUUCUCUUCUUGCUGAUUACUUCUUGGAGACGGCAAACGCUUUCUUGCUUUGCACGUUAUUACUUAAAAACAUUCAUCGUCUCCGUUCUAAGUACGAAUCUCUGAAACCAAAAUUUCAUUCGGAGACACAUAGUUCGUUGGCUUUCCUUGACCAAUUCACGGAGCUAUCAAGAUGGUUCGACCCGUUUAUCUCGUCGGGUUCGCGGAUUCAAUUAACCAGAACCGGCUGCUUAAGCCUGCUAAAACGGUUAGAGUCAAGCCGAGACAAGACACGAACCAAACUCAAGCUCAUCAACGGACUAACUCAUAGCUCAGGCCUUCUCGUUUUGGCUCUAACCACCACGUUGAUUGUUACCAUCGCCUCCCACGCCUUUGCUUUGUUCAUAGCCGGUCCGACCCUUUUAACCGGUCGAUUCAAACCGGUUGGUCUAAGGAAUAAGCUAACGAAAACUGCGGCUCGUCUCGACGUGGCAGCGAAAGGUACUUACAUCUUAAGCCGUGAUUUGGACACGAUAAGCCGGUUAGUGACGCGGAUAAAUGAUGAAGUGGAGCACGUACGAGGCAUGGCUGAGUUUUGGGCUGGGAGAGGAUCGGGUCGGGUUCGAGGUGGGGAAGAAGUGGCUCGAGAGUUGAAGAGAUGUGAAGAGAGCUUCAGUGAAGAGCUUGAUGAGCUUGAAGAACAUAUCUACUUGUGUUUCAUGACUAUUAACCGAGCAAGGAAUCUUGUUGUAAGAGAGAUUAUGCAUCCGGAUGAUCCACCCGAUUGCUCAUUCGCUCCCAAAUCCAAAUAAAAAUCUACUAAUUUAUAUUUAUAUAGUUGAUUACCAUUUUAAUUUCAAGUCCCCUUUAUAGGCCAAAAUGCAUGUAUAUAGUAAAUUUAGUCAAAGAAAUUAUUUCCCGAAACCUGAAUUUUCUAUGGGUGUCUUCAAUAUAAGAUGUAAAUUUAAUUAUAAAAUAUCUAAAA